AUGAUGGAUAUGUCCGGUCCUCCUAGGGGUGGUUACCGUGGUCGUGGAGGACCACCACGCGGUGGAUACAGUGACCGGGGCGGUUCACCAUUUCCCUUCAGAGGGCGCGGCCGUGGCGGUGGUCCGCCAAUGGGCCCACGCAUGGGUAUGGGAGGCGGUGGCCCUCCGAUGAUGCGUGGCCGUGGUGGUAUGAUGCGGGGCGGAGGACCACCUAGAGGAAUGGGUGGUCCUCCUCGGGGCGGUGGUCCACCAAUGUCUCGUGGUGGUCCAUAUGGGGGCGGUGGUGGACGGCCAAUGGGCGGUCGCUCCAAUUACGGUGGUCCGUCGUCUUCCGUAUCAAACGGAUCGGGACCUCCGGCCGCUAUUGCUCAAGCAGAGAACGGCGAUGCUGGCAAGGUGCCAGAAACAAACGGCGCCGCAAAAGCUGUCUCCACAACCUCUGGUAGUGGAUCGGGUGGAGGACAAAGUGGAGGCACGGGUGGUUCAGCAAACUCUGGUUCGGGAUCGGUCCAGGGAGGAACAACCGGUGGUUCCGAGGCUGAACACAUGUCACCCAAGCAAUCGAUCAAAACGGCCGAUUCGAGCAGUUUGGCCGUCGCGUCGCAAGAAUCCUCGAUACAGUCCACCCAUUCGUCGGCACCGUAUCAUUCGUCACCGCGUGGAAUGUCACGCGGACGGGGUGGUUUCAUGUCGCGUGGUAUGGGUCGUGGUCGCGGUGGUGGAGGUGGCGGUUACGGUGGCGGCGAUUAUGGCGGACCAAGACCGUUCCGCGGUGGAAUGGGUGGUGGUCGGGGCCGUGGAGGUGGUGGUGGCGGCGGAGGGUAUGGUGGUGGUGGCGGCGGAUACGGCGGAGGUGGUAUGUCUGGCGGUGGGUACGGUGGUGGUGGUGGAGGAAUGGGAGGAGGUGGAGGUGGCGGAGGAUAUGGCAAUGCACCACCAUCCUCGUACAACCCGAUGGGUGGCUAUGGACAGAAUAACGGUGGUCCAGGUGGUGGUGGCUACGGCCAAGGACCUCCACCGCCGCGUCAAUUCGAUUCACGACAGCCAUCGAAUCCAUCGGCCGUACCACCCAUUAACAAACGCGGUGGUAUCCCUGGCGUGGGUGGUCCACCGGGACCGAAACGUGGUCGUUAUGAUGCAGGUCCGCCGACCCGUGCGCUACCCCCGAAAGCCAUGCCACCGCACCACGGUUCGGCAGCUCCCGUUCCUUCGUACAGCGCUCCUCCGCAGCCGAUGGCCAAUCACGGUGGUUACAGCGACCCGAAUGCGCAUGCUCCACAGAUGGAGCACCAGUACACGCACACAGCAACGGCCAAUACCGGUGGCUAUGGAAAUGCGGCAGCCCCACAAGCCGGCUAUGCCAGCAACGGCUACAGCCAAGGGUCGUACGGUAACACGACGAUGGCUAGCACCGGGUAUCCCAGUACUGGCACGGAAUACGACACAACCCAUUAUGAUUACAGCAACACGGCCACAUAUGAUACACGCUAUCAAUCUGGCUAUACACAGGACUAUAGUCAAACGUACGGUACUACCACGGAUUACAGUGCAGUGUCGACAGAUACCUAUGCGAGCCAGCAGUAUGACGAUCGUUCCACUGCCUACAGUGGUUACGACGCACAAGCGUAUUCGCAGGGCUACGCCAAAACCGAUCAAUAUGCGCACAGCGGUUACUAUUAA